UCGAUGCAGCCACGCGGCCUGUCCCCAUUCAAGCCUUCCCCGCAGGCAGAGGAUGUCCUGGAUGCUGGUGGUCUGGGGAGCGCUCCUGGCUCUCCGGAGAAGGGUGGCUGUGUGGUCCCUGUGGAUGCCCCUUCUCUGGGCAGCACCGCUUCCUGUCGCGGCUACUGGUGCCCACGUGCAGGGCCAGGUGGGGGGCUCGGUGCUGCUGGCGGCAGAGUGCCACCCUGGCUUCCAAGUCCGAGAGGCCAUCUGGCUGUCUCUCUGGCCUUCGGAGGAGCUCCUGGCCACGUCUUUCCGGGGCUCCCUGGAGACCCUGUACCACUCCCGCUUCCUGGGCCGCACCCGGCUGCACCACAACCUGAGCCUGGAGCUCGGGCCGCUGGAGCCUGGGGACAGCGGCAACUUCUCCGUGUUGCUCGUGGACACUGAAGGCCGGGCCUGGACCCAGACCCUGCAGCUCAAGGUGUAUGAUGCAGUACCCAGGCCUACGGUACAAGUGUUCAUUGCUGUAUCUCAGCCCCCCAAGACCUGCCAGGCUUUCCUGUCCUGUUGGGUCCCCAACAUCAGUGACAUAACCUAUGGCUGGCGACAGGAGGGGACCAUGGACUUUGGUAUCAAGGCACAUGGCCUCUUCACAGAUGGACAGGUGUUGAGGGUUUCGCUGGGACCAGAAGACAAGGGCAUGGCCUUUUCCUGCAUUGUCUCCAACCCCGUCAGCUGGAAUUCGACUAUAGUCACCCCCUGGGAGAGCUGCCAUCAUGAGGCAGGGAAGGCCUCCUACAAGGAUGUGCUGCUGGUGGUGGUGCCGGUCUUGCUGCUUCUGAUCCUGGCCGGUCUCUCUGCCUGGUACUGGGGCCCCUGCUCAGGUGGGAGUUCUGCACGUGCCUGAGGGAGAAAGAAGAAGGAAGUCUGUGCUGAUGAAGUCACUCUACAGACAGAGAACCCCCUUGUGUAGGAUCUGCCCUGAGGGAGGAGAUAAACUGAUGUGGGAUCAUGAGGAACCCCACUGCCCAGGCACAUGAUGGUCCAGGACCUAGUUGGUGCCUGGAAACUACCAUGGUUCUCGUAGCUCCUGUGAGACACCGUUGCACUCUCCAGGGGCAGCCUGGGCAGCUGUCACAUUGGGAGGACAGGAAACAUUGACACAACCUUCCACACUCUCUCCCUUCCCUCUGGCCGUAUUGCAUGCCCUGGCUUUGGUCUGGGCAAGAUGGGCCUAAGAAGAUAUUCCCUAAAGGACACUGGACAUUCUCCAGGACCCACAGGGACAGUGACUGUGCAGGUCAUUCACUUCCCACCAUUGCAUUUGUUGAAGUCCUAAGCCCAAUUUCUCAAAAUAUGACUAUUUGGAAAUAGGGCCUUUAAAGAUAUAGUUAAGGUUAAAUGAAGUCAUUGGAAUAGGGCCCUAAUUUACUAGUAAUAUGCCUGGGGUCCUUAUAAGAAGAGGAGCGACACCAGAAAUGCACACACAGGGAGAAACAGCCAUGGGAGGACACAGAGAGAUUGAAGCCAAAGAGUGAGGCCUCAGUAGACACCAACCCAACUGAUACAGUGAUCUUGGACUUUCGGUCUCCAGAACUGUGAGAAAAUAAGUGUCUGCUGUUUAAGUCAUCCAGUCAGUGGUACUUUGUUAUGAUAGCCCUGACAGACGGACCUGCAGCAACGGAUUGCCUCCAGCCUGGGUCCCAGGCUUUAAGAGACAUUAGUCCUCUGAACUAACUGUGACUCUCUGAAUCACCUACUUCCAGCCCCAGUCCCAGCCCUAGCCCAAGCUCCUGCAGUUUGAGAUCCUGAUGACCAAGGCAUUGUCAUAAGAAAAGGUCUAGAAAUAGGUGAAGGUGGGAGAUGAAGGACAAGGGUUUCUCUUUCUGGCCUGAAAGGCUUUCAGGUCAUUUGAGUUCAUGACCCUCAAAGGUAAUUUACAGUUAUAGACCAUCAAAGGGUGGUUUAUAUCUCAUGGUUGGGAUGGGUGCCAUUUUAUAGGUAACACCUUUUUGUAGAUAGCAACUUUUUAGUAGAUGACUUCACCCUCUCUGUUAACUAUCAUGACUCCUAUAGGAUCUGGAGGUGGGACUUGAGAUUCUUGCCUUCAGUGACCAGAAAAAAAAGAUAUUAAAUUUGCCCCAGCCAAAGUUUUUGCACAACUUCAAGAAAAGCAGCUCAGUUUGAGGUAAGUGUCUCUACCUGAGGCUGAGAGAGGAAAGAGCUAGGAAAAGCUAAGAAGAAGAAAAAUUUUGAAGGGGACGGGAGCUGAAGCAUCCUGGCAUCUGGCACACUAAUUUUCAAAUGCAAGUGCAGAGGAUCCACCCAAGUUCAAGGAGAGAUGGAAAAGGCCCACAACUCAAAAGGAAGAUGGUCAAGGUCACUUUUAAAGAAAAGCUUGUUGGAUGAAAGCAAUUAUUGUGGGCAUCUUUGGAAAAUACUAUCUGCCACUGAGUGAUUCUGUCUAGAAAAGCUCUGGGGUAUUGCCACUGGAAAAAUACUUGAUGAGCUAAACUUUGGGAUUAGUAGAUGAUAAGGUGCACAGUUACUCCCUUCCACAUAUAAUUGGACUUUUUUUUUCCUGAGGCCUCAGGAAAAACUCUUGAUAAUAGAGAGGAAGGAGGCAUUGAUUAAACAGGGGUAGGUUUUGAAAUAUUUUCCAGGAUGGCUUCGAUCAUUCCACCCAGGAUGUUAGUCGGGUCCAAGGAUCUUCCCUCUUCACCUCAAUUCCUGUGCAGUCACUUCACCUGAGACACCUGGUCAGUGCAACUGGCCUCCAGAUUCAUCUUGCCACUCCUCCAUGUAACUAGUCCUGGAGUUUCCCUGCCUGUUAGCUCCGCUCAGAGGUGCCCUGCUGGUCAGCUGGCUUCACCUAGUCUUCAUGCCUUCCCUGUAUCCACUUCUCUCCCAUCACCCCCAAGGCCACCUGAGCAUGCACAGGGCUACCCAACCUGGCAGCUUAUGUUGCCGGCCUCAGUUCCUAAAAUUAUGUGAAAGAGAAAGCCCAAGAUCUAGCAAGGGGCCAUGGUAGUUGUAUGAAGGGAGUGCGCGCGUGUGCACACACACACACACACACACACACACACACACACACACACCACGCCCCACCUUACUUUCCUUCAUCCCCAGAGUCCCAUCUCAGAUCAGAGCAGCUGCGGAUGGUGCGGGGCCCACAGUUCUCCCUUCACAGGGUAACUCUUAGUGACCUCACUUAGACAGUGGUUUGUAGGGCGGCGCAGCAGGACCUUUUUGAACAGAUCAAUUCUGUUCAAAUAAAUUGAUGUUCCCAUCCCCAAUGACUUACUUGUCAACGAGUGGACUAAUUAACCUCCUUUGAGAAAAACUCAAAGUGCUUCUGUGAGAACAAUAUGUGUGUUAAUGGGCAUGUGGAUUGAUGCUUUAAAAGUCACACAAGAACAAGUAUUGAUUGAGGGUCAAGUGUGUGCUGGAUGCCCUUCAAGACACUAGGAAAUCAGCAGUGGACAAAGCAAUGCCCUUCCUUUACAGAGUUUAUAUUCUAGAUAAUAAAUAAGCAAGUAAGUAUAUGCCAGGUGUUUGUAGAUUCUAUUAAGAAAGAUCAGCCGAGUGAAAGACUAGCGUAUGCUAUGUUGAGGAGAAGGGGUCCAUCUUUGGAUACGGCGAUUAGAGAACACCUUCUGAUGAGGUGAUCUUGGAACAGAAACCCAAUGAAGUAGAGUGAGCCAUGCAGUGUCUGGGAAAAGAGCAUUCCAGAGACCAGACGAUGGGAAGGCCCUGAAGUGAGAGCAUGGCUGGUGUUUAUGAGAACUAGAAUGGAGGCCAAGGCAGCUGGGUCAAAACAAGAGAGUGAGUUUUGUUUUGUUUGUUUGUUUCUUACUUUUUUGUUGUAUUCCACAUAUGAGUGACAUCAUAUGGCUUUUGUCCUUUUCUGUCUAACUUAUUUUACUUAGCAUAACACCCACAAGAUCCAUCCAUGUUAUUGCAAAUGGCAAUUUUUAUCAUUUUUUAUGGCUGAGUAAUAUUCCAUUGAAUAGACACACCACCUCUUCUUUGUGCUUUUGUCUAUCGAUGGACACAGGUUGUUUCCAUAUCUUGUCUAUUGUCAAUAAUGCUGCGAUGAACAUAGGAGUUUAUAUAUAUCUUUUCAAGUUAGUGUUCUCAUAUUUUUCAA